GUGCUUGGGUUAUGGAGCAAGAAAGAUCUUUUUAAUCAGGAAACUAAUCCUGCAGUGUGAAUCACACUGGGUAAAGCAGAUUCUUAAGCACUGAGAGAAUAGGACAGAAAUAUGGAAUUUAGACAAAAAUGGUAAAUAUGUAUGUAUGUAGAUACAUCCACUCACUUUUGUGCUUGAAGCAGUGGUGAUUUGUGCUUUUCCACCAAAGAGGUGAUGCUGAGACCUUGACUGCACCUGCGGUUUCCUGCCAAGCACCAGGCUGUCUUUUCAGCAGGACAAAGAUCCUGCAGGUUUGGAAAGGUAUCUGCCCAUCUCCAGUGGCAGCAGGCGCAUGGGUGCGUAUCCAAAUGUAUCCAAGACUCAGCUUCUGAUGCAGGCCCCGUAACACAGGUGUCGAUAGGUGUGUGGUGGGGCCCUUUGUAGUCACUGGUGAUGUUUGGUGGAUCUCAGACUGAGAAGACUACAUAAAAAACCCAAGUACUUCUUUCUGUGUCAGAGCUUUAAGAUUAUUAAAAUCUACUUAUGGCUGAUGGAGUUAUUAUUUAUUUUAGAAAGCUGCAGCUGAUGGCAAGUUUUUAUUUUCUACUUGUGAUUGCUCUUCACAAAUUCAAUGGUAUACAGGAUUUCUUACUCAUGUAAAACAGUGAAAUGUUGCCUAAUGCUUUUCACUCCCUGUGUUUUCCUAUGCAGUUGUAGAACCCUUGGCUGUGUAAUUAAUAUCCUAUUUACUGUACGUUUUGGUGCAUUACAAUCAGGGUCAAUGUGUGUUGGAAUGAUAUGACACAGUGUUUCUGAUAAGCAUGGUAAUGAAGAGGCACCAGUUAGCUGUGGAUAGACAGAUAAACUGUACAGUCAUGCCAUAAAAACUAUUCACUCAGCAUUUGUAGAAAUGAAUGCAACCACUGACUUACAGGCAGGACCAUAAUUAGCAACAGUUGUUGCUAACUGAGGGUGAUAUUUUCUCUUUUGUAUUCAGAUUAUGUUGUCAAAAUCACACAAACCAUCCUUUCUUAUUGUAAAAGCACAACUAAAUUUUUACCAGAAUUGUUCUGAUUGCUCUUUAAAAUGGAGUUUUGGCAAAGAAUUGUCUGAAUGUACCUCAUGUUAAGCACACUUAGAAAGCAGUGUGAUUUGAAGAAAAUAUCACUAGAACGCACUGAACCUUAUUUACUUGGGAAAUGAAGUGUGAGUGCAGUCAUGUGAUGGCAACAGUGUGAGUAUUGCAGCUUUUGUUUUCAGCACUGAGAAAAUUGAAAUCAUCUGUAGGAUUUCUGCUUGUUUGUUUUUAUCUUGUUUUGUUUUUAGGACAUCCUUAAGCUUUUUUUUCUCCCAUUCUGUAGUGUAUGAAACUAAUAUGUUUGUGAAGGGGGAAUUCUAGUCCCACUUUUUUAGCAAUUAGGGCAACAGAAAACAGAAAUUAAGGCAAAUAUAUGCUCCAGCUUCAACACAAACAGCCCAUACUGCAUGAAAUAGGUUUAUACCAACUUUCUAUCUGUGCCACAGCUCCUCUUUGUGCAAAGGUGUGGGCUAUGAUGGGAGCUGCAGAGAUCAUGAUGUGCAAGGCCCUGGGCACACCUACUCCCUUGUGCCCUGGGAUACAUUUUGGGGGCACCUGCAGCCAGGUUGCAGGUAUGGCUUUGGGGGAGACCAUAAGCACCAAGGAGACGGUCUGAGGCCAUCCAAGACAACUGAUCUAGCAACUGAUUUAGCUGUUGGCAACCCUGCCCCUGGCAAGUAGUUUGGAACGAGAUGAUCUUUGAGCUCUCUUCCAACCCAAGCUGUUCUAAGAUUCUGUGAGUGCCAAGCACCUCAACCUGCCUCUUGGAACAGAGGGAAGAUCAAUGAUUCAUUUAUUUAGGAAAGAGGUGGGUGACAGAUAAAGCUGCGUGAUGCACUGUGACAUCUGGCAAAAAAAAAAAAAAGAAAAAAGCUAGGAACAUUUCAGCCUAGCAGUAUAACACCUUUUCUUUUCCUUCCUUUCAGUGGUGAUCAUGGCAGUGAUCCUCACUGAGUAACUGCCCUGAGGGCAUGGUGGAUUUCCAGUGGCUUUACAUUAAUGUCUGCUUGAAAAUUCUCAAGGCAUCGGGAGCUCAGAAGCAUGUCAGGGAAGCCCAGGCUCACCUAUAUCAAUGGAAGAGGGCGAAUGGAGACCAUCCGAUGGCUGCUAGCUGCAGCUGGAGUGGAGUUUGAAGAAAUUUUUCUGCAAACAAGAGAGCAGUUACUGAAGUUAGGCCAAGAUGGAUCCCUGAUGUUCUAUCAAUUGCCACUGGUUGAGAUCGACGGGAUGAAGUUGGUGCAGUGCAGAGCCAUCCUCAGCUACAUAGCAGGGAAAUACAAUCUCUAUGGGAAGGACUUGAAGGAGAGAGCCCUGAUUGACAUGUAUGUGGAAGGAAUAUCAGAUCUGAUGCAAUUGAUUUUGAUGUUUCCUUUCUCUCCACCUGAGGCAAAGGAGAAAAAUAUUGCUACAAUUGCAGAGAAGGCAACAGAGAGGUACUUCCCUGUCUUUGAAAAGGUUUUGAAACAGCAUGGCCAAGACUUUCUGGUGGGAAACAAAUUCAGCUGGGCAGAUGUUCAGCUCAUGGAAGCCAUUUUAGCAGUGGAGGAGAAAGUACCUUCUGUGCUUUCUGGGUUUCCUCAGCUGCAGGCUUUUAAAACCAGAAUGAGCAACAUGCCUACAAUUAAGAAGUUCCUGCAGCCUGGCAGCCCAAGGAAGCCCCCACCAGAUGAAAAUUAUGUAGCAACUGUGAUGAAAAUUUUUAAGCUAGAUUGAGAGCAAUGUUAACUUCACUAAGUCCCAAAGUGCUGGGAAGAAAGACAUCAAAACCCAAACCCUUGAAGGAAGUAGGAAACUCAGUAAAGUUUUUUUUGGUACUUAAAAGCAAUGGUAGAAAUAAAUAGAAGAGUGAAAUAAAGCAUUCUGUUUACUCUGGCAA